CGGAAGGGACCACAACUCCCAGAGAGCUCCUCGCCCUUGUCGGCUCCAAGACCAAGAUGGCCGCGAGAAUCACCACUUUCCUCAAGAAUGCCUGGGCGAAGGAGCCGGUGCUGGUGGUGUCCUUCUCAGUCUGGGGGCUCGCUAUAAUUAUGCCCAUAAUCAGCCCCUACACCAAGUAUGCUUCCAUGAUCAACCAGGCAACACCCUACAACUACCCAGUCCCUGUACGAGAUAAUGGGAACAUGCCUGAUGUGCCCAGCCACCCCCAGGACCCUCAGGGCCCAAGCCUGGAGUGGCUGAAGAACCUGUGAAUACUCCUGCUGAUGAAAGAGGCUCCUUCCCUGUUGCCCCCCAAUAAAAACAAAACAA